CCAUGUUGGGUGUAUGUUACAGCAGGAAUGUGUAUAUCAACAAAGGGAUCGAACAUAAUAUGUGACUUGUGAUCAAUAAAUCCUGGCUGAUAAAUAGACGGUGUAUUUGUCAGAAGAGGUGACAAGAACAGAAAAACAUGAAGCAAAGCUAUGAAGAAAUCUUUUAAUAACAGAACCAAGGAGUCUAACACUGAAAAAUAAAGCAUUUUAUCAGAUUCCUGUAUGUUCUCAAAGGAGACAGUAAACAUAAACCCCAAACCUUUCUCGUGUUCUGAAUGUGGAAAAUGUUUUUCCACCAAUGCAGUGCUUGUCCGUCACCAGAGAACUCAUACAGGAGAGAAACCGUUCUCAUGUAUUGAAUGUGGAAAAUGCUUUGCCACUAAAGCAAAUCUUGUUUGUCAUAAGAUAACUCAUACAGGAGAGAAACCGUUCUCAUGUAUUGAAUGUGGAAAAUGUUUUGCCACUAACGCAAAUCUUGUUUGUCAUAAGAGAACUCACACAGGAGAGAAACCGUUCUCAUGUAUUGAAUGUGGAAAAUGUUUUGCCACUAAAGCAAAUCUUGUUCGUCAUAAGAGAACUCACACUGGAGAGAAACCGUUCUCAUGUUCUGAAUGUGGAAAAUGUUUUAGUCAACAUGGAAGUCUUGUUACACAUCUGAAAACUCACACAGGAGAGAAACCUUUCUUGUGUGCUGAAUGUGUAAAAUGUUUUUUCACCAAUGCUGAGCUUGUCCGUCAUCAGAGAACUCACACAGGAGAGAAACAGUUCUCAUGUCCUGAAUGUGGAAAAUGUUUUAGUCAACAUGGAAGUCUUGUUACACAUCUGAAAACUCACACAGGAGAGAAACCGUUCUCGUGUUCAGAAUGUGAAAAAUUAUUUUCUUUUAAACAUCAUCUUGUUACACAUCAGAGAACUCACACAGGGGAGAAACCGUUCUCAUGUUCUGAAUGUGGAAAAUGUUUUAAUCAACAUGGAAGUCUUGUUACACAUCUGAAAACUCACACAGGAGAGAAACCAUUCACAUGUUCUGAAUGUGGAAAAUGUUUUGUCAAUAAAGCAGAUCUUGGCCGUCAUCAGAGAACUCACACAGGAGAGAAACUGUUCACGUGUUCUGAAUGUGGAAAAUGUUUUGUCAAUAAAGCAGAUCUUGUCCGUCAUCAGAGAACUCACACAGGAGAGAAACCAUUCUCGUGUUCUGAAUGUGGAAAAUGUUUUGUCAAUAAAGCAGAGCUUGUCUGUCAUCAGAGAACUCACACAGGAGAGAAACCGUUCUCAUGUUCUGAAUGUGGAAAAUGUUUUAGGCAGUACUCACAUCUUGUUGAACAUCAGAGAACUCACACAGGAGAGAAACCAUUCUCAUGUUCUGAAUGUGGAAAAUGUUUCAUCACAAAUGCAAAGCGUGUCCGUCAUCAGAGAACUCACACAUGUGAGGUGAUUUUAUAAUUCAUCUAUGGAUUAACAUAGGAAUAAAAUAUCUUGUAUUGUGAAUUUUUUUAAUGCUGACACAAUAAAUAGUAACUUUGAUAGUAGCAGUCAAUGAUGCAUUGGUACUGUGGCAACCCUGUGCUAUUGUUUGGAGGCGCCUAACCUCUGCGCCACUUGGCUGUGGACUCACCGGCAAACCCAGUAUACAACCCAGAAUACAUUGUGGUUGUAUGUUCUGGCUGUUACAGAGUAUACUCAUUAGCCUGUUCCCCUGGUAACACACUUUAAUGAAUAUGGUUCCUUAGCAUGACUUAAGUUUGCAUGAUUCCAACCAAGACGUCAGCAAAGAGACAAGACACAUGCUAGCAACUUGUAGGAUCACUAUCUCUGAGCUCCAGCUUUUAUUAUAAAACCACAGCACACACAUGAAAUGUAUUUACAAGUUAUUUAUACCAAUACGAAUAUGAACUGGGAUCGGAGAACAGAGCUCUGACUGAGGAAUGUAAAUUAGGUAUAGCUAAUUAUUCCCUGAGGACCUGUAUUCUUAUACCAGAACACAAUAACCUUGGAAAUUCCAAGAGAAAAGCUAGUUUCCCCAACCCCCAUGUUAAUACAGACUUCAAGCAAAGGUUGUGUUUACUUCUAAUUGUCUAAGUUUUUUUUUUCCUUAGAGCAUACAAUGCACCUGAGACUAUAACUAAUAAAUAUACCAAUUUUAUUAAA